UGUCACAUUUCCAAAGCUGCAUUAAGUCAAUGUCAUUUUUAACAAUUUACGAUGUCGGUGGAAAUUUUCCAAGAACCCUCAUCGUCAUCGUCACUCAAUUCCAAAUCUCUUCGAAGCAUCGACAUCGAGUUUGAUCUCGACAGUUUGCCCACCACUUUGGAAGUUAACUGUGUUAGAAUAACUCCACCGUGCAUGCACUUCGACAAUGCUUACGAAGGCAAGCGAUACAAGUACAAGAUGGUGAUACAAAACUGCGGCAAGCAUUUGGCGUUCGUCAGAUUAUGUGAACCCAACUCUAAAACUUUCGAGUUCAAGUCGUUCCCGCGCGGCCUCCACCUAAGUCCUGGCAUGAAAAUCGUCAGGACAGUCAAAUACACUUACACGGCCGCUUUAGGCGUGAAACGUGGCUUUGCCACAAUUUGGGUAAACGACCAAGAGGUGGACUAUUAUUUCGUGGUGACACUGUCUUGCGCCAUCCUCACCAUAGAACCCCAACUGUUAGACUUCGGCCGCAUCGAUGCUGUGAAUCAUGCGACAAGCCGCUCCUUUUUUAUCAUAAAUUCGGGAUAUCGGGACACGCAAUUCGCCAUAGACUUGGGCCGCAACCCCUUGGAGCUCACGGUGGAGCCCAUGAAAGGGACCGUGGCUGCCAAAACCUCGGUGGAAAUCAGCGUCGAAGUGGUGGGUUCGCGCGAGGGCGAGUUCAUGGAGGAGUUUUGGGUGAAAGCCAAUCCUCCCCAACGAGUCGUCAUUUCCGGGACGUUUAUUUCCCCCAAACUUUUAGUGCGGAAGUUUAUCAACAGUCUCGACUUCACUUUGGUCGACUUCCCGCCGACUUACUACGGCUCCUCUUCGACGCAACCGCUUCUAAUCAAAAAUUUCAGCUCGUCGCAUUCCAUGUUCUGCGUCAUGGCCGAAAUCAAGGGUACCACGAUGACACUGGACGAGGCGAGAAAAAUCGACGAUAACUAUCUCAAUUUUCACAUAACGCCGAUUGACGGCCGCUUGGCCGCUUUACGAGGCGCUGUUUUGCAAAUUACAUUUGCUCCUGUCGUGACGCGGAAACGGGAAAAGAAUUACUCUGCCGGUUUUUUGAAAGUCAUCAGAAUGGACUGUAGGGACGUUGGGCAUAACGAGAUUAGAACCAAGGAUAACUCCACCAGCUCCCCUACUUUAGUGGACAGUUCGGUUGCUUUGACCACGAAUGAUAUCCUGAUUGACGACGCCAACGGCAGCUACUUUAGCCUCACCUGCGAAGACGAACUAGCGUCAGAAACGUUCAGUUUUGAGCAUUCGAUCGGUGUAUGCAUCCAUGGGGAAAAAGAACGUGCUGGGGUCACCCUAACACCGACUUUUAUCACCCUAAACGAACUAACUCUGCAAAAGGAGUACCACCGGGUCGUGUUAGUGCAAAACCAGUCCUCGCAUCUUCCUGUCAGAGUCAAGUAUAAUAAAGUUUUGUCGAUUGAUGUUAGACCAAAUCAGUUUGAUUUGGCACCAAGUGACAGUCUUGAAGUUCUUGUGAUCAUAAGGGCUUUGAAGCUGGGCCAAGUCACCAAAAAAGUCACCUUUGAUUUGUUGAGCAAAGUAUCUCCCGAUGAUAGACACGUGAUGCGGAAGGUGGGAGUUGCGAUUUUGAGAAUAUAUGUGGAAACGAAAAAUGUGGCAAAGAAGGAAGCUUUAGGGCAGUGCGUGGAAUGUGGGCCUUGUCGCGAUUUAGCAAACAAGCUCGCACCUGACUUUCCCUACCGCCUAAGCCCUGAAGAGAUGGCUGUUAAACUAGAAAACGAAAAAUUCUACAUCGAUUAUAUUCGAAGCUUGUGCAAGCCCCCACCUCCCGAAAACGAAGACUUGAGGGAUUAUGCCCUCACCAACUACAAGCUUCUACUGCGCCAGAACACCAAAUGUCGCGAUGCCGCCCCAAGGCCAAAAAAAAUCAUCUCGUACACCCCGUUCAUCCCCCUCCUGCCCCGCCUUUUGUACAAUAUUAAAAUCACCCCAAAGUCGAUCCGACUGCGCAAGGUCGCAGCUUUCACCACAAUCACCGACUAUUUCCAAAUCCAAAACUUGAACACUUUCCCCAUCCGAGUGUUGCUUCAAGCCAACAAGUCUUGCAUAGUUUUCGAAAACAACGCCCGGCACAUUAUCCAAAGUUGCGAGAAGAAGAAAAUCCCCUUCACGUUCAGUACGUGUAGCAUCGGCCGGUACUACGUCAACAUCAACGUGUUGGUCAACGACAGCACCCUGUACGAGGUGACAGCCGUGGCUGAGGCCGUCCCCAAGACCCUGCGAGUUGAGCCGCACCACAUCGAGUUUCACGAAUACGACGGGCAUUACAAGUUUUUCAAACUGAUGAACGGCCUUAACGCUUACACGAGCUUCGAGUGGGAGGUGCCCGAGGGCAGUUUUAAAAUCUACCCGGCGUAUGGGGGCAUCAAAGCCGAGAGCUACAUUUUGUGCAUGAUGGCGUACACGCCUGACCUAACCGAGGAAAGUUUCAGCGAGUGCGUGUUAACUUCCGAGAGCGGGCAAAAGCGCAUCCUGCAGGUGUCCCGCAAGAAGCGCAAGUACGACGUUGCGUUCGACACUUACGAAAUUGAUGUUGGUUUGAUCUCUUUGAAUAUCCCAGUCAGGAGGAAACUGAUUAUGAAGAACUUGAAGAAUUUCCAGACCUUGUUUAGCAUCCCGGGCGGGGUCCCGGUGCCCGGGGUCAAAAUCGAGCCGCAGGAGGGGAUUUUGGACGGGUUGGACAGCCAAGUGUUUAUUAUCACUGUUCAUAUUAACGCGGUUGUGGAGUUUUCCACUGAGAUUGUUUUUCUCGUGGGGGAACGGGAGGAGGUUGCGAUCGCGUUUAAGGGCAGUGUGGAUUUUCCGAAGUUUAGUUUCAAGCCGGAUAUUAUGUAUUUCCGGAAAAUUGCACCGUUUGGCUUCGAUACGUUGGCCUUCGUCGUCCGGAAUUUGUCCAAGACGACUAAUUACGUAACGUUUCCGUGUGACGAGUUUCCGGAGUUUACUGUCACCGAUAAUGAAGACGAGCACUUUCCUCAUAUUGACAAGAUAGUGUUGCAGCCGAGUCAAGGCAAGGUUUUCUAUUUGCACUUCCAUCCCUACUAUAUCAGCACGUAUUCGCUCUUUCUGCCGUUCAAAAUCAACGAUAUUCUCGGGCCUGUUAAUAUUAACAGCAACGCAACGGCUAGCACUAACUAUUUUCUGAGAGAACUCACCACGAAGUAUGAAAAUAACUACAGUAUUAAUAUUUUGACGCGUUACCCUAAAGCCUUGCCUUUGGUGCGGCUUACGGCUAGUGCCAUAGAAAAGACUUUAGAAUUUUCAAGUCUCAACAUUAAUUUCGUCUACUUCGACGAAGAUCAUUACAAUAACGUUACAAGCACCGAUUUUGAAAUCACCAACACUAGUGACGACGUUGCUGCGGUUUGUAUCCGACUGGACGAUCUCGAUUACCCUUUUUCGCUGCAGCCUAAGGGUAACCCAAACGUGGAGUAUUACGGAAUCUCCUACAAAAUCGUCCUAGAACCGGGCGAAAAAGCGGCCUUUUCGGCCCAGUUUUCCCCGUCUGAUCUUGGCGAAUACGUGGUCAAGCUCCCACUUUUCCUGCGUCAUUAUUUCGACGACAAGAUUUUCAAUUAUCUGACUUUGCGGGGAGUUUACGACACUCCUACCAUAACACCGUCAUUGGCCUGCAUUGACUUCGAGCCAGUUCCCGUGAAGUUGGCCAGUGAGUUUCGUUUGAAGCUGCAUAUGAACAACCAUUUCGAAAACUGUGAAGUUAUCAGUGACACUGAAGUCAUCGGCUUGCAUGCCAUGUUCGAAAAAGGGCGGCGUCCGGAAAAAGGUGAAUCGGUUUUGCCAGUUAGCCUCGUUUACGAGUGCACAAAAGACAGUUGUUUCAACUCGAAAUUGGCUUUCUAUUGCACUUGUAAUGCGAGAUGUGAGGUCACUGUGACUGGCGUUACCGAAAAUAAUCUCCUGACCACGCACGCAUACUCCCACAUGUUGAAAGAGUCGGGAAGUACCGACGGUAGUUCCAACUUCCUAUACUCCCAUAAAUCAUCGACCCCGUAUUUAAGACCCGAAUAUAUCGACAUGUUGACUAAUAAAAACACCACCCCUUACCCGCUCUUCCCCAGCGAUGACGACAAAUCCGACUACGCGGAGUAUAUGAGAAAAUUGAGAAAAACCCUCGAAAACUGGCUUUUCACUCAGGUGUUUUACUCGAAAUGUUAUUACAAGAUCCCGGAGGGUUUUUCCGACUUUUGUAAAGCCGACCCAGAUCGGAAAAAAGUACGAUUUGGUGGAAUAAAAAAAUCCAAGACUGUUGAACUGCCUUUAUUGCAACUCAUUGCCAAUGUGUGUGGGCAAGGAAUUAAGCAACGACUGUCUGCUAAAUUUCCAGCCGACAGCACGGACAUGCAAUGGCUGGUCUACACUUACAAAACAAACUCGAACAUUUUGCACUACCUUCGCGGUUUCCCCGUUCACUUGCCGCACGUCUCCGCUAAACUGCUCCUAAACUACGACCAGUACGUCCAAUACGAGAGAACCAAACACCCGGAGCGGGCCAUAAUGGACGAGCGAAUUUUCAAUCGGGGGUCGAAACAAUGCUGGAUUGAUUUAAUCCUCCAAAUCAUCAAAACGUUCUUUCUGUUCCGCACCGUGGAGUUGCCAUUCAAUGACAGCGAAAGUUCGGAGUCAGAGGGCAGGUUUAAGGAGAAACAGUCACUGACUCAGUUUUCGCGCCAGUCGACUGAGGACAAGGGAGAGUACGUUCUGGACGUUGGGAUUUACGGCGUUCACGAGAAAGAACUGAUUUUCUGGCUACAGAAAUGUUACGACGAAGAGAGUGAAAAUCUAUGGAAGGAGCCGCCACCGGAGCCCAAAGAACUGAUUUUCCUGGACGUAGAUUUGCGCGAUGGCCUUAUUUUGGGGGCCGUGACUGCGCGUUAUUGCCCCUAUGUCAAGCCUUUGAUCAGCGAUAUGUACCCGAGACCGUACAACCCGGAAGAAAUCCACCACAAUAGUUGCAUACUAGUCAAAGCGUGGAAAAAACUCAAGCUGAGUUACGUCAUUUCGCCCCUAACGCUCCAACAUUGCGGAAUGGUCGAAAUGUUGCUUUUGGCCAAUUAUUUGUACGCAGUUUUGCCAAACUACUACCCCAAGGAGGUAAUAACGAUUCAGGCACCGCUGACUCAAGGCGGUUCGGCCUCAAUUGAAAUUGAAAACGCUGGUGGUAACGAGAUUGUGUACCAUGUCGUGUUUUUCGAAAACCCGAAUCAUUUAUUUUCGGCGAAUGCUGAAGUGAUCCGGCUGCAGCCAGGCGAGAAGAAAACUGUCAAAGUUCGCUAUCAUGCCAAGAGUGUGUUGAACACAACCACCACGCUGUUGUUUUCCGGGGAAACACCGGGAAACAAAUACGGGAAGAGUGUCGCUGUUACAGUGGUGGGCGAGGCUGAUGUGUCGUCCGUUUGCAUGGAAAUACCGCUAACUGUGAAUUUGUACCAACCUUGCAAAGUCACACUGAACACGCAAUCGCCAUUCAAAAUCCAGACCGAUUAUGCGCUUUUGUUCGGUUAUCAGCCGGUCAGUAAGGAGAAAAAUGUCCUGUUCCCGUGGGAGGACAUCAAGCAGUUGAAAACGGUCAAGGAGUUUGUUAUUCCCGACGAAAUGUGUCUGUUUGAUGAGGAGGGGAAAUGCACAGCUUCGCCUCUUAUUUGUUGCCACCAAAUCGGUCCGAGAGACUUGUGGUUCUAUUUUACGAACCCGGAAGUGGGCGAUUGGGGGAUUAAAAUGACCUUGACUGGGAAAAUUCACGGGGGAUGUUUCGAAAAUUUGAGUCUGAAUUUGCCGGAUAACUACGAACAUCUGGUGUGUAGAUGCAAACCUAAACCGUCCGUCCACACAAACUGUCCGUUGGUGAUGUACCUCCAAAUACCGAUGAUAAACACCCCCUUGUGGAACGCCCGCAAGAAAAUGUUGCUCAAUUACGUGGACGGGGAAGAGCUGAAGUUUUGGUCAAAACGAAUUUUUACUCCAACCGGUACCAGGAUAAUGACUUUGAUUCUCAAUUCGGAGACACAUCAGAUGAGACAAGUGAUUGAAGAAACUGUUCAGUAUCGAGUGAUUUUGGAUAAGCCGAACUGUUUUAUUACGCUCCGUGACGUUGUUUUUGACGAUGUCACUUCGGAGGAAUUUUACAGAUUGCCCAUCCAUCCAGUUAAAAAUCUGAAAGACGUUGGGACCUGUCGGAUGCGGUUGCAGUCCGAGGAUAAAAUUGAAACGCGGUUUUAUAAAAUAACUUUUAAUUUUCCCGAAGAAUCUGUGACUGUGACCGACUUUGCCGAAUAAAACGCUUUGAAAAAUA